AUGAGACAGAGCGGCGCCUCCCAGCCCCUGCUGAUCAACAUGUACCUGCCAGGUACCAGGGACCAGCCAGGGGCUGGAGGCACCAGGACCUGGGGCCGGAAGUUUGGGGGACUGACUCAGUGCGCGUUCAGCGUUGGGAAGCUGCGGUCAGCUGAGCGUCGCCCCAGCGCCCUCGUGGCUCCUCACCUCCGUGCUCCGAGCGUUCCCACCAGCCCAGCCUUCCUGGCGCCCUCCUCUCUUCUCGGAUGGGCUCCGGGCGCUCCCGCUCCGCUGGCGCACUCCCUGCUCGGCUUUAUAAGGCUCCCGCCGGCCCGUUCGGAAAGCGGAUUUCCUUUUUCCUGGACGCGUUUCCUGACUUGGGCGUUAUGGAGGGGCUCCGCGCGGCGCGCGCCCGGGCCAGGCUCGGGGAGGAGGAGCUGGCAGCUCGAGCCCCUAGCCUCGCACCCAGGAACCAACCCUCCACCCCCCACCCUCGGAGCCUUGGCCGGGAGCCCUCUCGGUCAAGCCCACAAUCUCCGCCCGAGUCCUCCUGACUGUUUUUUCCCUGCUGCUACAGAUCACGUCGGAGACGGUCUCUUCAAGGAAGGAAAGAGCCCCGGUUGGGGGCCGCUGAGCCCGGCUGUACAGAAAGGCAGCGGGCAGAUCCAGCUGUGGCAGUUUCUGCUGGAGCUCCUGGCGGACCGCGCCAACGCCGGCUGCAUCGCGUGGGAGGGCGGCCACGGCGAGUUCAAGCUCACAGACCCAGACGAGGUGGCGCGGCGCUGGGGCGAGCGCAAGAGCAAGCCCAACAUGAACUAUGACAAGCUGAGCCGCGCGCUGCGCUACUACUACGACAAGAACAUCAUGAGCAAGGUGCACGGCAAGCGCUACGCCUACCGCUUCGACUUCCAGGGUCUGGCCCAGGCCUGCCAGCCGCCUCCGGCGCACGCCCACGCCGCCGCUGCCGCCGCCGCUGCCGCUGCCGCCGCCCAGGACGGCGCGCUGUACAAGCUGCCUGCAGGUCUCGCCCCGCUGCCCUUCCCGGGCCUCUCCAAACUCAACCUUAUGGCCGCCUCGGCCGGCGUCGCGCCCGCGGGCUUCUCCUACUGGCCGGGCCCGGGCCCCGCCGCCACCGCCGCCGCCGCCACCGCAGCCCUCUACCCCAGCCCCGGCUUGCAGCCCCCGCCCGGGCCCUUCGGAGCGGUGGCCGCAGCCUCGCACUUGGGGGGCCACUACCACUAGACGGGGCGGCCCUGUGCCGCGCGGCCUCUCCCGGGCGCCCAGAGCCUCGCUCGGUCCCAUCCACACCCGGGAAAGGGGCCGGGAGCCUCCCCGACCGUUUCUGUCAUCUUAGAUUUUCCUCCGUCGCAGCACCCAGCCCCUGGGGGGAAGGGACCUGAAGCCUCCUCCGUCUUCUUUUAACUUUGUAUUUGCCACCGCCUCCCGCCACCUCGUCGUACCCGCCCGCACCCCGGCUUUCUUUACCUUCCAUCUUCAUGGCCCCAGAGCCCUCAAGGGGGUUGCGGGACCUCCCGUGUCUUUUUCUGCCCUCCACCUGUACUUCUGCCUGGCUCCUGGAAGCCCCUUCCGUUCUGACCUCUCUUUUUCGAAUUCCAAGUCUUUUCUCGUUUUUUCUUUCUCCCACGGAGCGGCCCCGUCCUAGAGUGAUAGCGGCCUCACACCGCCCACCUGCUCCUUGACCUCCGGGACUUCACCGGGUUUGGUGAGGCUCCCUGGCCCUGGGACUCAUCUAGGUAGCUUCCGCCCCCCCUUUCCUCUCUCUCUCCCU